AGAACUGUUCCAUCAUCGCUUUGGAAUUAGUCAGCAGUUGCUAAAAAAAAUUUACAAUUCUAAAGUUGCAUGGAGAUUUUAUUUGAAAAAGAUAUAAUACCGAGGUACAUAUUUGAAACGCGCGUGAUGGAAGAGCUCCGAUUUUCGUAAUAAUAUUAUUAUGAAAUCUCCAUAAAUGUGAAAUAAAAAGUGAAUAAAGGUGAUUUCGGUGCAGGAAGUGAGGUUUUUUUUUUUAAUUUUAGAUUUUCUCAUUUUCGACGGCGUCCAAGGCUGAUAUAAAUCCGUUCAAUAUGAGUAAGAUUUUAGGCAUGAACCAUUGCACAGUUUUCUCUGUACUUAGAAGUCCCGAACAUGGUGAAUCAUUCAAACGACUGAUUUGAAAAAAAUUGAAAAUUUACAUUACACUGUGCGUUAUAAGACGUUAUUUGCAAAAAUUAAAAGUGAUUUCGAAAGUGGGAUUAAAAACGUUCCAUCUAUUUCUCGAACGUGUGCGAAAGCCAUAAAGAAGUACGAUCUGAUAUAACAUGACGAAAUAUUUCAUUUCGAGUCAAUAGAUAAUAAUAAUUCCAAUAAUAAAUCGACAACCAUUGGCUGACUCGUCAAUAAAUCAGUCCCGGAUAAUAGAUGUAUAUGUGAAAAGAAAAAAAAAAGAUAUUUUAAACUAAGUCGUCAGCGCAGUCGAGUCGAGCUUUCAGUUACAUACCUACUUAAAAGUUCGAUCAAUUUGGUGAUUGCACAAAGUGAACUAACAAUUGAACUUUGACGUUAUACCUCGAAAGACAGCUGGUGCUCUUGUCUCGAGUACUUAGUAGUGUGACGUAACGUCCGAGUUAAUAAUAAAUUAAAAAUCGGUAUUUCCAGAAUAAGGUUUUCUAUAAAUAGAGUUGAAACUCAGUGAGCAUCUAUAUGUCGAACGAAGUAUUUCACCUGCUAUAAGAUUAUCCCGGAUUAGGAUAAAAAUAGGAGUGACUCACUCGAAAUACCUGUGGACAAAGAGGGGUGGAGGAACAAAAUUUUAUUUUAUAAGAAUUUCAAAACCCUUUGCCGGAGGACGACGGAACAUCUGUGGUGCUGUAUUUAUAAAUAACAUUUCGUUUCAAAUGUAGAAUCACGUCGACGGACGGUAAAUUGAGUCGCGCAAGUACCGACGAUACAUUAUUUAAAAAUAAAAAAACAAAGGUCUUCCGAACGGGGUGGUUGUCCUCCCUUUGAAUUUCUAUUAAUUUGUCGAUCGCGCUCGAUCGCAAUUCAUCAAUUUUCUUCAACCCGUAAUGUAUUUGAGGUCGAACGAUAAAGGAAACGGGAGGUUCGAGAUAACCGUAGCAUCUGCAUCGAGAGCAGAUACCGCGCCACGCGGUGGAGGUACGUGGAGUGGAUCCUUUGGAAACGUAAGAAACAAGCGAAAUAUUACAACAAACGGGAACAAGCUGGAGAUAAGGCGCCGUUGGGUACGCGAUACCAAAACUGCUGAAAAAAGUGGAUUGGUCGAGCAGAGCUGUUGCGCACCGAGAGAAAAAGUACUUCGGUACUCGUACGGUUCUGGUUUCGGUAAUAGCGGUACCGUCAAUAAAUUUCGAGUAUCACCUGUAGCGUCGAACCGCGCAUUGGAAGAUAUCGCCGAAUUGGAACGAGGAAUGAGCGAGGGUGAACGAGCGGUUACAACGCCUCGAAUUGGAUGGCGAAAACUCACCGACCCUGGUGACUGACAGAAAUUUCCGUCAAGACAAAACCCGGAGCGAUAGCAUCAGCUUUUUUACCAUAAGUCCUGCAGCACAAUAAACAAAAUCGAUAGCUGCAGCUGCACAUUGUUGAUGUACCGCUGUCUCCUUCACUUCCUUGAAGUUAUUAGCCUGCCGAGCUAGCAGUACUUAAAAAAAAAAAUAAAGAAAAGAGAAAAAACAAAACAGUAUUAAAUUUCGAGUAAACUAGACGCGGUUGUAUUACUAGAGUUAACUACUAGUCGACGAGAAUUAGAUGAAAUAUACAGGAGCCGCGUAUUCAGACACGAUGCUAACCUUCUAUCACUGCCGGUAGCAGACAGGGUGAAGAUAAUUUUCACUUCCUCUCCUCUCCAAUCGUCAUCGGCAACAUGGGGAUACGGACCGUUUUCUGACACUGGGACACGGAGGGUCCUUCUCGCCGAGAUCAACGUUCGCUGAAAUUCCUCGCCUCGUCGAAUAGGGAAAAUACCAUCAGGAAUUUUUUCCAAAGAUCCGAAUCAUCCCACGCUAUUGUUUGCGCUCUCGCCGUCCCCGCCUCUCGUUUGUUUCGCCGAAUAAUUACCCCGAGAUCAUUUUCUCCUGAUCGACCGAUCAACGAGAGACAAUAAUUAUCAGGAGAGUUUUGUUUCUCUCAUUAUUCUGUACGGUGAUAACUGAAUCGCUCGGUUGAGAACAAUCUCCCGUUGAACGAUAAAACCUCGAUUAAUUUGAAGAUCGUCACCUAACGCCAAGGACUAUUAUUGUAGUAGGGGCAUCAUCGCGUAGAUUAUAUAACGUAGAUCCUUGAAUAUAUGGAUAAUACGGUAUAGGUGUUUUUCAUCGAUGUUAACAUAUUAAAAUUAAGUGUGUUUUACUUAAAAUUAAUUGUGCUGAAGAAGAAGUGGUUUACCAAAUUGUUGUUGUUGUUGUUGUUGUUGAUAUUGCUGUUGUUGAGGUAUAGUUAGGCGAAGUCAAGGUACCGGAAAUACAAUUAGGGAUAAUUCACAAAGAUUAAAAAAAAUUUAGUUGAUAAAGAAAAUAGAAUAAAAGUAAAGACACGGAGGAUUCUGAAUAUAAGAAACGAGUCGUCGUAAUUAAUCAAGCUGGUGAAAAAUAAGUUGGAUAUUCAUUUCGUUCCACGAAACAUUGCGGAGUCACUCACAUAAUAUAAAUAACUAAAAUGCCGUCGACGCCGAAUAAACUGAAUUUGAGCUUUGCUCGAAAUGCUUAUAGCGUUUUUGGAAAUCGCAACGCCUGCAACCCGACCGCUGAACACCAACGUGAACAAAAAACCGAAUUGUUGGAGGGAACUCGGGGCAAUGGCCUCCUCCACCUCAAGAAUGGAGUGGACUACAUCAACGCCGGCGAAGAGGAUCAAAUGGAAAUUUACGGAUACAAAAGAAAUCCAUCUUGGACCGCUAUUACGUGGAUAUUGAUCGUUUGCACAGCUGGAUUAUUGCGUUUGGUCUUCCACUGGGUUCCCCAUCUGAUGCUACUCGCUACGCACACAAAAUGCUCGUUAGAAGAAGCGGAAACCGUACUUCUGGUGGAACGAUUUCAAGGAAAACACACGAGUUACUACGUCAAGAAAUUAAUCACCGUCGCCGCGGACGAAGUCUCGAGGAUUUCUAACGACGGAGAUAUGUUAAUUGGCAAGGAGUCGUUCCCGGAAGACGAAAAUCUCAGCGAAGUGGAAGAUGACAAAGGGCCCCUCACUUUAUCCAUUCAUCUUACCGGAGGUCAAUUCAAAGAGGUCAAAUCGAUAGUCACGUUUAGCUGCAAGAAACUCACCUACGUCUGGGACACCGACAGAUCGGAGUUUCUGAAGUUGAGAGGCUUGGACGAAGGAGUUCUGACCUCAGAUUUACAUGUAAUGCGAGGACUAAAUGCACAGCAUCAAUUCAUGCGGCGUUUCGUUUACGGUAACAACGAAAUUGUCAUCCCAGUUAACAGUAUCCUGAAGCUAUUUUGUUUGGAAGUUUUGAACCCCUUCUACGUCUUCCAAUUGUUCAGCUUCUGUCUCUGGAUAGCGGAUGAUUAUUAUUAUUACGCAAUGGCGAUUCUCACGAUGUCUGGUUUCGGUAUCGCUAUGGCCGUCAUUCAAACCAGGAAGAACCAGCACAACUUAAGAUCCACCGUUCAUUCCUCCGACGUAGCGACGGUGAUCCGCGAUCGGUCUUUAGGAAAAACGGAGAGCAUACCGACGGAGCAAUUAGUUCCCGGUGACGUUCUCGUGAUUCCUUCCCACGGUUGCAUAAUGCCAUGCGACGCGGUCCUGUUGACGGGAAACUGUAUCCUGAACGAAUCGAUGUUGACCGGUGAAUCGGUACCGGUGACAAAAACACCGGUUCCCGCAUCGAGCGAGGUUCUUUACGACACCAAAGAACACGCGAGACACACUCUGUAUUGCGGAACCAAGGUAAUUCAGACGAGGUACUUUGGUACGGAAAAAGUAAUCGCCGUUGUGAUCAGGACCGGAUUCAGUACCAGCAAAGGUGAGCUGGUACGGUCCAUAAUGUAUCCGCCGCCCGUCGACUUCAAGUUUGAACAUGAUUCCUACAAGUUCGUUGUGCUGUUAGCUUGCAUCGCCAGCGUCGGUGUAAUUUAUACGGUAAUUUCGAAAGCACUUCGCGGUGUUGCUGCGGGUCACAUAGCGGUCGAAGCGCUCGACUUGAUCACAAUCGUCGUACCGCCGGCCCUUCCGGCCGCUAUGACCGUCGGCAGACUCGUCGCCCAGAGUCGACUUCAGAAGAAACAAAUUUACUGCACGAGUCCGAGAGCUAUAAAUGUCUCGGGUUCCAUCGACUGCGUAUGUUUUGACAAGACUGGAACGUUGACGGAGGAUGGAUUGGACAUGUGGGGUGUUGUGCCCAUAGUGAACAGUACAUUUCAACAACCCGUCAAAGACAUAUCGACCCUUCCGUUGAACGAAACUCUCGUUGGUAUGGUCACCUGUCAUAGUAUUACAAUAAUUAAUAACGAAUUGUCCGGGGAUCCCCUGGAUCUCAAGAUGUUCGAAUCGACCGGAUGGAACUUGGAGGAAGCGGCCGUCUCCGACGAAUCAAAAUUCUCGAUGAUUUUCCCGACCGUCGUCCGACCACCGAAGGAUUCUAAGCUGGCGCAUCAUUUGAACGAUCUCACCGUGUCUCCGGGGCGUCAGAAUUCGAUCAACUCGGCAAUGACUGAUAAUAUGGCGGAGACGACGAGCAAUUUCGAAGAAACACUCGGCGAGUCGAAAUUGGAUCUCGCCGAACAGUCGAUGGAAAUCGGUAUAGUCAGGGAGUUUCCAUUUUCAUCGAGCCUCCAACGAAUGAGCGUGAUCACCAGGACAUUGGGUGCUAAUCACUUCGAUUUUUACUGCAAAGGAAGCCCCGAGAUGAUCCUGAGUUUGUCAAAGCCCGAGUCGAUUCCAUCGGAUUUCGCAUCGGUCCUUCAAGAGUACACGUCCGAGGGUUAUCGAGUGAUAGCUCUGGCGCACAAAUCUCUGAACAGGUUGUCGUACGCUAAAGUGCAACGGAUAAGCAGAGAAUCGGUGGAAACGGAUUUGAAUUUUCUGGCCCUCGUUAUAUUGGAGAAUCGUUUGAAGCCGGGAACAUCGCCAGUCAUCGCAAACCUGAACGAAGCGUGCAUAAAAACGGUCAUGGUCACGGGUGACAACAUGUUGACGGCGUUAUCCGUUGCCAGAGAUUGUGGAAUAGUGAAACACCACGUCACCGUUAUAGCUGUGGCGGCAAUCACGCAGCAAAAUCUUCUGAAACCUCAAAUUUAUUUCACUCAAAGUACGAGCCAACACAGUCCGACGUCGCCGAUAGGGAACGAUGUGAGCGAAAUGACCGAUUUGAACAGUAUAGCUAGUUUGGAAACCGUAGAGAAUGGAUCAACGCAGGGCAAUCAUACCGCGAAUCAAGUCAACUACUUGUCCGAUGAUUUACACAUCACGUCGAACAAGUACGUUUUUUCGUUGACCGGAAAGACCUGGGCAAUGAUAAAACAAUACUAUCCGGAAUUGAUUCCGAAAAUUGCCACCCGAGGAACAAUUUUCGCCAGAAUGUCACCCGAUCAGAAACAGCAACUGGUACAAGAACUCCAGGCUCUUGGAUAUUAUGUCGCGAUGGUCGGUGACGGGGCAAACGAUUGCGGUGCCCUGAAGGCAGCGCACACUGGAAUUUCACUGUCGGAUACGGAAUCAUCGGUGGCAUCGCCGUUCACGAGUCGAGAAAUGGAUAUAUCUUGUCUUAUUUCUGUGAUCCGAGAGGGUAGAGCGGCUCUAGUUACUUCCUUUGGUAUUUUUAAAUACAUGGCGGCCUAUUCCCUGACGCAAUUCGUUUCGGUUAUGCUGCUUUAUCAAAUAGAAUCAAACCUGACGGAUAUCGAAUUUCUUUACAUCGAUCUCUUCGUGAUAUCAGUCUUCGCGUUUUUCUUCGGUAGAACGGAAGCGUACGACGGGCCGUUGCACAAAACCGCGCCGUUAACCAGCCUGAUAAGCACAUCUCCUAUCUUGAGUUUGUUCAUGCAAAUUUCGAUCGUCGCUGUCUUCCAAUACUUCAGUCUAUGGCAUUUGAGACAACAGGAUGGGUUCAAGGCAUUUAACGCAAAUGCAUUGAACGGAGAGGACGCCGAAGGGGGCGAUGGGUGUACGGAAAAUUACACGAUAUUCGUCAUAAGUUCGAUGCAGUACAUAAUCUUAGCGAUAGUAUUCUCAAAGGGACGACCCUACAGAAAACCUCUCUGGACGAACUGGGGGCUUUUGACUUCGUUUAUUCUGAUGACAAUAUUUUCAGUUUACAUGACUCUGUUUCCAUUCAAGUGGCUCGCCGAUACUUUUGAACUCGAAUUGCCGACUGACGUUGGAUUCAGGUACGUCCUCGUGAUUUAUGGAUUCGCCAACUUCGUCCUAGCAAUGUUCGUCGAGUACUUCGUCGUCGAGUACAUCGUGUUCGGUAAACUAAGAUACCGAUGGCACAACGUGGACAAAUCGAAAAAACGUUAUCUCGCCAUCGAACGCGAUAUGGCGGCUGACUAUAAGUGGCCACCCAUAUCGCAGGAGCCUCUACCGGAAGCCGCGCCGGAUUUAUUGAUCAGACAGAACUUGACGGAAAUCAAAAUUGAGAAUAUCACGGAAACUUAUCCGACGAACGAUUUCAUAAACUCCAACGUUCCCCCUCAAGCGAAUCCCGCUUUCAAACGAUUCGGUUCCGCGAGAGAAGUUACCUUGAAUCCAAGGUCGCUGUUUAACGAUCAGAGAACGACCGUUUCCAUGCAAACUGUCCCUAAUUUCGAGGACAGUAAAGAAGUUCAAUACAAGCCGAAUCCCGGUAUGGAAUCCCUCCAUAAAAGGAGGCAUAACUCCGAGUCGGAGAACGGUAUUUAUCCGUGUGAAAAAUCAUAUCGAAACUAUAACACAAACCCCAUAGCGACGUUACCUAGGAAUCCAUUGCCGAGCCAACAAGUGGCGCCAUCAGAUGAAUUCAAAACCGUUAUGGUGCACAAGAGUGAAGAAAAAAAUUUCCGAAGUGCGACACAAAGUGUUUUGGAGUUGGACGUUUUGCCGUCCUGAGACCAAGCGUUAAUAGGGCUGAUUUUUAAGAUCAGCUGACCAGAGUUUCACUUUUUAUUCUGCCAUUAAUUGUAUGAAGUUUAUUAAGUUUAUAAACGCGUUAUAAAAUUGUAUUCCAGUUGAAAUUCUGUGCGGGACUAGAAUUUCUCAAUUAUAUUUAAAUACGCAAACGGAGGUGCUCGUUUUCCGACUUUUAUAUUAUUAUUUAAAAAAACAUUUUGUUUUUUCUCUCCAUAGGCAUAAUUCGCUGUAGGCACUAUUGUGUUUCGCAACGCGAGAUGAUUUUACUUAAUAUUAUAAUAGUUUCAUCGACGAUAUGUUUUGUUUAACUUUUUUUUUUUUUUUUAUCCUAGUAUAUAAUUACUAAUAACUGUCAAAAUUGUUCAAUACACAUGUAUACAAUGAAGUAUUAUUUUUCAACGACUCAUUUAAUUCCGUUAAUCGAUUUACACUUACAUCACGCAUGUAAGUAAAAUAAAGGAAUUGAAUUGAUCGUGAAAAUAAAAGCUGAGAUAAAAAAAAAUGUUAAAAUCUCGCGACAAAAAAAAGAAGAAAAAAAAAGAAACAUAAAAACAAACGUUCAUUUGUAACUAACAUCUAUUUCUAAACAUUUGUAGAGGCGUCGAUGAAUUCUCUACCAUCAUACGUAGGAUGACGCCUUGUAUCCGUAGUUAAUUUUUAUAUGCAAUGUUUCAACCGAACUUAAUAACUAUACAUAAUAUAGAUACUUAAAAACACAUAUUAUUAUAGAUACGCAUAGCCGAUAGCUGUGAAAAAGAAAAAUGGAAAUAAACAAACGAAAUCCAAUGAAAAACAAAAAACAUAGUGAAAGAGAACUAAGUUAGAGAAAUUGGAGAAUGAUACACGAUAAAUGAUGAAUAAAAGAACACAUUUACACGUAUAGCAACUGAUAGCCGAUAUAUUUGAAUCGACGAAUAUAUGUAUUAAAUACCGCCUUUGUGCGCUAGUCGCAUAGGUACGGUGAAAAAAUAACUGGUGAUGUUCACUCUACCUAGUAUAUAUUUAUUAUAUUAUAGUUUCGUAGAUCAAUUUUAGGUGAUUAUCAAUAUGUGAAACAUUUACAAACCAUGUAUAAUUAAUAUCACGUACUUACAUACGGACGACAAGAAAAAGUAAAAAAAAUUUAAUUAUAGAAAGAAAAAAAAAAAAAAAAAAACAAUGUACACCCAAUUGUAACGAUAAUUUACAAUGUAUUGUUGGAGCAACAAUUGAUAUCGAAUAAAAUAUAUUUAUAACGGA